AUGAAAACUAUGCUCAGUACCAGUUAUUAUUUGGGAAGUGAAGAUCAAUCGAAAACAAUAAAAAAUAUCGAUGAUCUUAUGAAUAAAAUCAACAUAAAUCUGGCUCCUCAUAAUAUUAGCAUUUUCGAUGCUUUCUUUCUCGGUGAUUGGACAUCAGAACGAUAUCGCAACACAAUAUGUGAAAAUCCAUUAAUGGGAAAUAUUCUUCAGCUACAUAUUUUAGCCACUAUGUCCGAUCAAUGUGCCUCUGAAAAUAAAACGUGCACAUUGAAAUUUCAAGAACAAUUUAAAAACAAUCUGACUCAAUUAUUCAAUAUUCCUUUCACUGCACAGUUUGCUGAUCAUCGAUCUACGAAUAUGAACAUGAAAUUAUGCAGCCUGACACAAAUGCCAGUCGGAGUCAAAUCUUCAUCUUUGAUAGAAGACAGUUCGAUCUGCUUUUUAAAUCCUGCUAGAAUUAUACUUAUUACAAUGGAUGGUGAACAAGAUACGAAGAUUCGAGAUAAAACACCAACAAAUAUUACAACCAAUGACUAUAAAAGUCGACAAAAUAAUGCCAUUACAUUAUAUGAAAAUUCUGUAAACAAGUUAACCAUUCAGUUGGAUUGCUCUCAGAGAACUGAUCAUAUUUUAAUUGAUGAUGGAUGUAGUCUUACCUAUAAUAUAGAUGUAUGGAUUGAUCUUAAUGAUGACGGAAAAUUCGAUGAGUCGGAAAAUCGAAUUUAUCAUCGAUCGUUAAAGCCUAGUCAGGGACGACGAGGUGCAUAUGAUUUGGAAAUGUCUAUACCACAAGUUAAUGGCAAGAAUAUAAAAACUGGACAGCAUCGUAUGCUUCUUAGUCUGUUGCCAAGUGAAGAUUAUCGAAAAAUAUGUAACAAAACUGAUUAUGAUGAAAUGCGACAGUACACAGCCAAUAUUGUAUCAAAGGCAACAUGCGAAGUGGCUUCUAUACCUGCAUCUAAUAUCAUAAAUAACAUCAGUUGUUCUUCAAAUCCUGGAAAAAUCAUGUCCAUUCUCAUUAAUGGUGAGCAUGGUACAUACAUUCGAGAUAGAAUAUCAUCAACAAAUACUGUCAUCAACAACAAUGACAAUCAAGAUAAACUUGGCGUUACAUGGUUUUCAGAUGCCAUCUAUCUUCUACGUCUUUAUUUGGAUUGUUCUCAGCGGGAUAAUACUGAUUGUAAUAUUGCUCAUCAUGUAAAUGUAUGGAUUGAUCUCAAUGAUGAUGGAAAAUUUGAUGAAUUCGAGAAUCGAGUCCAUCAUCGAUCAUCAAUCAAUAAUGAAACAUCACAAAUCAUUUAUGAUUUACAAAUUUUUAUACCGAUGAUAGAUAAAAUAAAUACAAAAGUCGGACCACAUCGUAUGCUUAUUAGUGUGAUUCGAAGCGAGGUCCAUCAAAGAAAAUGUGGUAGUACUGAUUAUAGUGACACAAAAGAAUACACACUCAAUGUCAUUCCAAGAAAAAUAUGUGCAGAUAUGACAAGACAUAAGUAUUGUUUACCUGGAAAUCUCAUGUGUUCUGCGGACAAUUCUGCUAUUUUUUCCGUAAAGUUAUUUGGCGAGCAAAGUACCAUGAUUGAUGAUGAAAUGACACGAUGUAGCCCAACAAAUAAUUACGAAGAUCAAAGUCAUCUAGUCGUAAAACUGUUCGAAAAUAAGGUCUAUGCACUUCAUAUUCAGUUAUAUUGUGUGGUAUCAUGGAACAAUAUAAACUCAAAUGUACAUGAUUCAUCUUUGAUUGCAAAAAAAUGUCAUUCAAUUCAUUAUGUUGAUGCAUGGAUUGAUCUGAAUAAUGAUGGUAAAUUUGAUGAUGAUCAGGAACGAUUUGUUCACUACGAUCAUGUCGAUAGUAGCGUUACCAAACAUAGCUAUGAUGUAAAUAUUGCCAUUCCUCAGAUUCAUCAGAUAAAUAAUGCUGUCGAACCCUAUAGAAUGCGUGUUAUCCUAACAAGCGAUCAAAGCAAUCGUAAACCAUGCUACAAUACUGGAUAUGGUGAAGCACGAGACUAUACAGUAUAUAUUUUACGGGCACCUUACUAA